AUGCAUCUUUUGAAAUACAAUAGCGAGGGCCAGCUUGGUCUGGUCACGAAUCCUGAUGGCAGCGACACUCCAGAAUACGCCAUCCUAUCGCACACAUGGGGGGCAGAUACAGACGAGCUAACCUUCCAAGACCUUAUGAAUGGUACUGGACAGGGGAAAUCCGGGUACAGAAAACUUCAAUUCUGUGGGGAACAAGCUAAACGCGAUGGUUUGCGAUACUUCUGGGUGGAUACUUGCUGCAUCGACAAAAAGAGUAGUGCCGAACUCCAAAAGGCCAUCAACUCUAUGUUUCGGUGGUAUAAAAAUGCUGUAAAAUGUUAUGUAUAUCUAUCAGAUGUUUCAAUCAACAAUCACGAGCAGUCUAACAUCUUCUCGUGGUUGCCGUCUUUUCGGGAAAGUCGAUGGUUUACCCGCGGAUGGACACUACAAGAGCUCAUUGCUCCGCCAUCAGUUCAAUUCUUUUGCUCGAAUGGAAUACUGCUCGGCGACAGAAAAUCGUUACAACAAGAAAUUCAUGAGGUCACAGGAAUUGAUGUUUCGGCUCUCCAAGGAGAGAAUUUGUCUGAAUUCAGCAUUGAACAGCGAUUGUCAUGGGCAGAAAAUCGCCAGACGAAGCAUGAAGAAGACAGAGCUUAUUCCUUGUUCGGAAUCUUUGAUGUUUAUAUGCCACACCUCUACGGCGAAGGAUCAGAAAAUUCUUUUAGGAGGCUUCAAGAAGAGAUCGAAAAACACGCAAAGAAACGCACUCUUGAUGUCUCUACAGUCCUUUCUGCUGCUGGUUCCAACUCCACAAAAAGAUCGAAAAUCUCACAUGAUCAAUCCUCCAUUCACUUUUCUCGCCCUCAAACUGUGGAAGACCCCGAAAGAAUUUUCGAGGACAAAAUGAAUGAGAUUGAUACGAUCACGAGACAAUCUAUUGUAGAUCAACUUUAUUUUCCCAAAAUCGAUGAGCGCCUGACGAGUUUGACUGCUGCCCAAGGGACAACAUGCCGUUGGUUUCUUACCAAAUCGGAAUACUUAUCGUGGAACGAUGUUUCGAAACGGCAAGAUCAUGGAGGAUUUCUUUGGAUCAAAGGAAACCCCGGUACCGGGAAGUCAACCUUGAUGAAACUACUCUUCGAGGAGGCUAAGCUCAAGGCAAAGGGCGAUUCCUCAAAAAUCACGUUUUCGUUCUUUUUUCUGGCACGGGGUACUAUUGAAGAAAGAACAAUUACUGGUUUAUAUCGUUCUCUUUUGCACCAGCUUUUCGAAAAGAUGAUAGAGCUUAGAGAUAGCUUGGAGUGGAUGACAACCAGUGGCGCGAGAGGCAUUGAAAGAAAUGGUUGGAGUGAAGCUGCUUUAAAGCAGACGUUGAAGCAUGCUAUAGAAAGGCUUGGAAGCAAAUCACUGAUGAUAUUUGUCGAUGCGUUGGAUGAAUGCGAUCAGAAGCAAGCCAGCGAAAUGGUAUCGUUUUUUGAGGAAUUAUGUGAGCUUGCAGAAGUUUCGCAAGUUAGCUUGCAAAUUUGCUUUUCUAGUCGACACUAUCCCACUAUAGUCAUCCAGAAGGGUACGGAACUGACUCUAGAGUAUGAACCUGGACAUAUGGAAGAUAUUCAGCACUAUAUCAAGUCAAAAUCAAGACUAGGCAAAACCAAACAAGCCGAGGCUCUUCGAUCAGAAAUCUUCCAAAAGUCUUCUAACAUCUUUCUCUGGGUCGUCUUAGUUCUUGACAUUCUCAAUUCCGAGUAUAAGUCUGGCUCUAAUUCAAUUAAGAAAAUCAGUGAGCGACUCAACGAAAUCCCACCAGGAUUAAACGAUUUGUUUGAAAUGAUCCUCAAGCGGGAUGGAAAGAACCUCGAAGAACUACAACUUUGUCUGAAGUUAAUUUUAUUUGCAAAUCGUCCCUUGAAACCACAAGAACUCUAUUUUGCAACUCAAAUCGGUCUUGAUGAAGAUUGCACAGGUUUUUGGGACCAGGAAGAUGUCAAUAUUGACCAAAUCAAAUUAUUUGUGAGGAACUCCUCCAAAGGCUUGGCUGAGGUGACGAAAAAUAAAGCUUCAGAUGUACAGUUUAUCCACGAGUCUGUUCGGGACUUUUUGUUAGGUAGAUACGAGACUCAAUUGUCUGGAGCCCCCGGGAAUUUUGUCGGCCAUGGCCAUGAAACGUUGAAGGAUUGUUGCUUAGCUCAAUUAAACGCUGUCAUCAACCAAAAGGUUAUAACACAUUUCAACUUUAGCAAAUCAAACUUCUGGGAAUGUCGUAAUAUGAAAUAUCCAUUUUUAAACACAACACAUCCUGAAUCGGGCAUCCCACCCGCGCAACGUUCCAAGGAAGAGCAGUCGAAGUUUCAAGAGGAAAUCAAAUUGAGAUUUCCAUUUCUUGAUUAUUCAGUGUCCAACAUUCUGUAUCACGCCAAUCUUGCUCAACAGAAUAACAUGGAGCAAGCAAACUUUCUAGCAAAAUUCCCCACCCAUCUAUGGGUAUUUGUGAAUAAUUAUUUCGAGAAUCACGAAAUUCGACGAUAUACGGACUCGGUAACUAUUCCCUAUCUUCUUGCAGAAAGAAAUCUAGCCAACCUCAUUCAAACACAUCCGAGAAAGGAGUCAUGCUUUGAUAUAACAGAGCAGCGAUAUGGACCGUCAAUUCUGGCUGCUCUGGCUACUGAGAGCGAUGAAGCUGCUCAGACGCUCCUUAAAAUUGAAGCUGAAAUAUAUCCCUCAAACUCUCUACUGCAUGACUUGUGCAAAACAUAUCACCCUAAAAAUAACAAAAGUGUCAAGCUUGGACGCAGCUUCACUUACAUACAAAAGAAAGAUCUUGUUUUUCAGCUCUCACAGUACGAUCAGGAGAUACCACUCGUUUUUAAACUCAGUUCGGACGAGAGUUGGUUUGAUUCGAAUCUGACCGAUCACAGCAAGAGAUUGCUCACAGAGGCUGUUGAAAGGGGUCAUUGUGUUGUUGCUACGUAUUUGUUGGAGAGGGGUAUCGAUGCAAACCGUAUAAAAGAAGUUGGUAGGGUAUCACUUCUGGAGAAAGCUGUGAUUUGCGGCCACACGAAUAUUGUUAAAUUGCUAUUGGGUUAUGGCGUUGAGAUUGAUUGUUGGAACUCCAACAACGAAACACCUUUAAUGGUAGCCAUUUACAAAGGACAUCUAGACAUGGUCAAAUUCCUAUUGGAGAAAGGCGCUAGGGUCAACCAUAGAAAAAAUAACGGAGCAACGCCUCUGACAAUGGCCAUACAGUAUGGACACGGAGAUAUAGCUAAGCUAUUAUUGGAGAAAGGCGCUAGGAUCAACCAUGGAAAAAAUAACGGAGCAACGCCUCUGACAAUGGCCAUACAGUAUGGACACGGAGAUAUAGCUAAGCUAUUAUUGGAGAAAGGCGCUAGGAUCAACCAUGGAAAAAAUAACGGAGCAACGCCUCUGACAAUGGCCAUACAGUAUGGACACGAAGAUAUAGCUAAGCUAUUAUUGGAAAAAGGCGCUGAGAUCAACAAUCGAGGAACUAACAAAAUAACACCUCUGAUGUUUGCUAUUGAUUGUCGAAAUAAGAAUAUAACUCAGUUGCUAUUGGAGAAAGGUGCUGAGAUUGAUUGUCAGGACUCGAGCAAUCGAACACCUUUGAUGAUGGCUGCUUUCCAAGGAAACCUAGAAAUAGUCAAAUUACUAUUGGAGAAAGGUGUCGAGAUUGAUUACGGAGGGAUCGAGAAUAACACACCUCUGAUGAUUGCUGUUGAUUGUAAUCAUGUCAAAACUGCUAAGUUAUUAUUGGAAGAAGGCGCUGAGGUCAACGUUAAAACAGGGCUUGAUAACACACCUUUGUUGCAAGCUAGUUGGGCUGGAUCCCUGGACAUGGUCAAGUUGUUAUUGGAAAAGGGCGCUAAGGUUGAUUAUCGAGGCUAUAAUAAUCAAACGCCUCUAAUGAAUGCUGCUUUCUAUGGACACGAGAAUGUAGUUGACUUGUUACUGGAGAAUGACGCCGAGAUCAAUUGCAUGGAUUUCAGUGACGAAACGCCUUUGAUGAAAGCUGCUGGUGGUAGAAAUAUGAGUAUAAUGAGUUUGUUAAUAAGAAAAGGCGCCAGGUUUGAUUGCGAAAAGGAUAUUUUUGGUAUAGUGCUGUUAGAACUUUCGCAACUCGGACGCACAGAAAUGGCUAAGCUUCUUCUACAAAAUGGCAUGAAUGCAAAUUUAAGAGACAAAGACUGCCUGUUUCUAGGCUGGACGCCGCUGAUGCACGCCGCUGUGUGGGGUCACGAGGCAAUGGUUGAAAUAUUUUUGGAAAAUGGUGCUGAUAUUGACGCAAAAUGCGGUGAUGGGUUGACCUCAUUAAAGAGAGCUGCUAUGGCAGGGCAAAUUUCUAUUGUCAAUUUGUUAUUAAAGAGGGGCGCUGAGGUUGAUUGA